GAUUCAUUAUUUACAUCCUGUGGUGUUUUUAUUAAUAAAUAAGAAAGAAUUUGUUCCAAUAAUGUGGAAAAUAUUAAUAUUUAGCGUUUUAUUUUGUGCGGUAAAUUGUGAUUUGGAUUGUACUAAAUAUCAAGUACACACCGAUUUCGGCCCCGAAGAUUGUGAUAGUGAAGCUGGUUAUUAUUAUAAUCCAACAUUGUAUGGUGGUUGUAUACCAGGGUGUGAAAAACGAUUGAAUCCUUCUGGACCUCAUCAAUGUACUCCAUCAUAUCUUUGUCCUCCUGCUUAUGAUUGCAAGGAAAAACAGUGCGUACUUGAUGAGGACUCUUGUUUUAAGUAUGUCUAUAAAAUAGGAGACUAUGAGAAUGCUAGAUUUCAACCAAAAUGUUUAGUAGAUGGAACAUGGGCACCUAAACAAUGUAAAGGAGAUAGAUGUUUUUGUUACGGACCUAAAGGAAAUCGGAUUUUUGGGGAUGCAUUUCUUAAUCAAGCUUCAAAUAUGACUUGCGGUAAAUUAAACCAAGCUCUCUUCUUCAUGAACCUGACCAUCCUUCCUAAUCAUCUCUCGUCCUCAUGA